CGUUUUCCUGUUGCAAAUAGCAUUGCGAAUCUGUCGCGGUACAGAACGAGUACUGCACUGUUACCUCGACUCAGUACAUCGAAUUUCGUUGAGUCUUGCUUUUCACUUCAGAGCAUCCCUCCACUAAGACUCUACGGUUAUUCCGAGAACCCUGUUACAAUCCACGGAGCGUAGAAUGGUUGAGAGACACAAAACACAGUCGAAAAGUUGAACGCAAAAGAGUCUUGAAAGCUGGAUAAGAUAUCUUUCCGGCUUCUAAUCCAAUCGAAAUUUCUCGUCAUUGCUAUCAUACGAGGACGGUUAAUCACUGAAGGGCUGCCUUUCAGUUCUGUAUCCGAAUUUCGUGAGUGAUGGAUUUUCCAUCAACUAGAAGGCACAGGGUGCUAAUUUACUGUACUUGUUACAAUGUUCUCGAUGGGUAAGUAGAUCCUGGUCCCGUACCUUGUAACCCUUGUUCCGAAAUCACUGAGCCUCUCAAAGGACGAAAGAGUAACGCUACCCUUCCGUUUUUCUCACCCACUUGUCGCUUGAUUGAAACAUUCCCGCUAUUUUCGUCUCUUUUUAUACCAUUGUUUCACCUCAUUCUUGCCGCCCAAAAAUGGCGUGUAAAAAUCCAUUGUACUGAACGAAACAACUCGAAACAACCGGAUGCAUCCGAUCUAUAACAAAAUAUGAAAUGCAGAGUAACACUGACGCUAAGAAAAAUUGAGCAGGAAAUACUUGCUCAGGGGCACAGCGUUUGCAUUUUAUCUACGAUUUCUGGAAACAUUAAGAAUACCCAUAUGCACUUGGAAGGAAAUCAAGAAUAUCAACGCUACCGCCACCUUCCGAACAAACACCCGAACCGAACGGUGAUCUUUCUCGACAAUGCAAUGCCGAUUCCCUUCCUCCAGGAUCCAAACAAUCAUGACAAUUCGUACCAAAUCGGUUUUUCCCUAUCAAAAGAUGUGAAGGCAAAAUUAAACAACUUCCAACCAACGAUCGUUCAUGUCACUGUUCCGGACGUGACCUGCUUGCACCUGAUCCAAUAUGCUCGGGAAAAGCAGCUACCUCUCAUGGGAACAUACCACAGCAACAUUCCAGAAUACUUUACCCAUUAUCAAGGAAUUGGUUGGCUUAAGCACAUAUUUGCGGGGUACGAACGUCACCAAUACAAUUUUUUGCAGAGGUUGUUCGUGCCCACCCCCUUCAUCCGGAGACAUUUGAUGACGGAGGAUCACUAUCGGCUGCAGAACGUUACCGAGCUCAAAGUAUGGGGACGUGGUGUAGAUCUAGAACGUUUCAAUCCGUCUCAUAGAUCCCAGGAUUAUCGCUCGCGAUAUGGCUUUGCUCCAAACGAUGUUGUUGUAACUUGGGUUGGUCGUUUGGUGCCGGAAAAACGACCCGAUAUAUUUGCCUACGUAGUGCGGAGAUUAGCCCGCGAAGGGAUCCCCUUCAAAGCCCUUAUAGUGGGUGCGGGUCCCUCGGAAAACGAAAUGAAGUCUUUGCCCAAUACGGUGUUUGCGGGAUGGGCGUCGGGAGACGAGUUGGCUGUAGCUUAUGCCUCCUCGGAUGUCUUCUUGUUUCCUUCUGCGGUAGAGACAUUUGGGAAUGUCACGCUGGAAGCUGCCGCGUCGGGACUACCAGUUGUCGUCGAUGGCGGUUGUUCUGGCCACUUGGUCCAGCACGGUGUGAAUGGUUUCGCAUGCAAAGACGGCGACGCAGAAGCAUACUACAAGGGGACUCUAUCCUUGGUUUUGGACAAAUCGAGACGAGAGGCUAUGUCGAAAGACGGACGAAAAUUGAGUCUCAAAUACGAAAAGAGAGUCGUUUGUCGGAAAAUGAUUGACAAUUAUUCCACUAUCACAGAAGAGUUUUACGGUCUGUAUCAGGGAGAUCAUGCUAAUCGAGACCGAAAAUACGAACAGAAGCCCGAUUCAUUUCUGUCGGGAUGUUACGUCCGUCCAACGAGUUUGAUAUUGGUGGAAUUUGUGUUCAUUCUCAUCUUUCGAAUCAUGUAUCGCAUUGCUCAAUGUCUGAAUAAAAUCCAACGCUUAUUCGUGUCUAUUGGGACAAGAAAGGUCUCGACUGCUAAGGGGGAAGCAGUUGUGGCGAGUUUGAGCAAGGAGUUGCAAUCGCAACCAUUUUCUCCUUCCAGUGUUAUUACCGCACCAACCGAUGAUUCUUCUUCAAACGCUACAGAAAACGAGGAGGACUUGACGAGCUACUCUGAUAUGGAAGAGCCCAGUGACGACCAAGACACGAGUUCGAUUGCGUCAUCAUCUUGCUGCUCUGUUUCUUCUACUACCGAAAAGAAUCGAUUGCCUAUCUCUCAUGUAAUAGCGAUUCUUUUUGUCAAGGCCGUCAGAGCGCAGGGUCUCAUAGAGUGUCGCAUUCGGAAAUGGUACUGUCGCACCAUGUUGCCGUCUUCUUCUAGUUUCUCGGAGGAUAUCCAGUGCAAGCAACGAAAGCGGAAAUGCUCGGAAGAAUUGACCCCGGACGAUUUGUACGACUCAGACAUGAUUGCUCUGCAACUGAAGGAAUCAUUGUUGCCCAACUCGUGUUGCAAUUCUGUAGCAUCCACCAGGAGCAGCGAGAAUUCGCUAGAGGAAGACAAAGAUGCUAUUGUCAAACCAACGACUGCCGACAAAGCCUUAGACCCAAGGAAAGCCACGUCAUCAUCAAACCUGCUUGUUUAAUUUGGUGUUGUUACUGGUUCCUGUUUAUGGAUUGCCACAGGUGGUGUGUUUGUCGGUUGUCGUAACUGCAGAAUCAUCAUUAAUUGUUCGUCUGUGUUCUUGUCGUGGACUCCGUGUUGUAUCUAUUUCAAAAGUAUUUGAGCUGCCCCAUCUGCAGUCUACGGUAGAGAAGUGGUGAAAAUAAAGUAAACAAAAAAUAAUACG